AUGGCAAGACUCAAGGCGGAGAUCACAGCUUUUGAACAAAAAUACAGCGAAUCUUUGUACGAGGCUUGGGAACGAUUUAAAGGAUUACUUAGGAAGUGUCCUCAACAUGGAAUUGAAGCAUGGGAGAAAGCAAGAAUCUUUUUCCAAGGGAUGACAUCCAGCACAAGAACACUGGUGAAUGCUGCUGCAGGAGGCUCCCUGAAAAUAAAAACUCCUGAGGAAGCACUUGAACUGUUGGAAUCAUUAGCAUCUCAAGAAUUUGACAAUGCUCCAGUCCCAGUUGCACCAAGAAGAUCAGGAAUCAUGAAGCUUGAAGGCUAUGAUGCACUCUUAGCCCAGAAUGAACAAAUGCUACAAAUGCACAAGAAACAACAGGAACAAUCAGAUGCUCUUAAUAAGAAAUUUAAUAUUUCUCAAGAGGCUCAUGCAACUGAGGAUUGUGAAUACAUAAGAGCAGCGAAAAAGCCACUAGCAGAGGUCAAUGGACUCUGGUAUGAUCAGAAGAAUCAGAAUCAACAUCCAGGGUUGAGUUACAAGUCAAACUACCAGUUGAAUCCUCAUAUGCCAUUGCAACAACAACAGCAACCUCCACAAUCAGAGUGGGAAAAAGCAUUUGCAGAGCUGUCCAAGACCACCUCGGACUACAUUCAGAAUUCAAAUUCCUUCAGAGAGGAGACAAGAGCCUCAUUCCGGAAUCAAGAAGCUUCGAUCCGGAACUUGGAGACUCAAAUUGGUCAGCUGUCAAGACAGUUCACUGAAAGGACUCAGGGUGCUUUGCCAAGCAACACAGUUGUCAAUCCAAGGGAGCAUUGCAAUGCUAUCACCACUAGGAGUGGGACAAUAAUUCAGCUAUAG